GAUUCUGUUAAAUGUCACAACGUCAGUGUUGUCAAUAGUUUAUUUCGCAUCGAAAGAUACUGGCGUCUUACUUCGAUAUACUUUCUUUUUCGCACUCUUCGUUAUAUAGGCCUAUUUAUACUUUGAGUUUUAAGUCAUCAUGAUGAUCUUGAACCACAUUUAGCGUGUUGAUAAUAUCAGAGCGUAAAAAUGUUAAUUUAAGUCCUUGCCAUCAAAAUGUUGACGAAGAUUUCUCGAGGAGCAAAAUCUAUAUGUUUGUCUUGUCGGUGUAGCAAUACUGCCUCAUGGAGAGAGAAAGAUCUGGGAGAGUCAGGCAGGGCCAGACUCGUAGACCUCAAAUGUAUUUCGCAUUUUAAGCCCAACAAGGAUUGCAUCUCUGCUGUGAUCUAUCUACUCAUUGGAGCAAGCGUUGUAUCAACCCUUGCUCUCUGGCAAUUUAUGGUAUUCAACAGCUCAACAGGAUCCCAAGCAAAUUACCGGGCAGUAAGAAGUCUUGAUACCGGAGGCCUUAGAGAUCUCUUCGAUUUAUCCAAUGUUAACGAAGACCUAAAGAACCUAUUCGUGGUUGAGCCUGCUCAGGACCAGUCCAAGUUCAAGGCUCAGAUGCUGGAACAAGACAAGAUUGUUGAACAGUACGAAAGGGAAGAAAUAGAAAGAAAAAAGGACAUCGAAGUUCCGCAAGAAACAGGACACCAUAGUUACCAUGGUUACGGUCCAUUCUCAUGCACUUCGAAACCGAUAUGUCCAGAAAUUGAUAUACCCGGUCUUGUUGGUAAAAGAAAGCUUGAUCUGAAGGAUAUAACCAUGAAGAAUGCAGAGGACCUUAUUUUUGGACCAUUGGCCGAGAGGGUUCGGGAGGGGGUGAAACGAGCCAAUGACACUCUCCGUAAGAAGCUCGUCGAUCCCAAGACUGGAAACAUCAGUCACGUUGAUUGGCUGUUCGAUCAAGUGAUUGAAUCGGAGGCACUAAAUGUUAGCAAAUACUGGUAUCUUCCGGGAGGACAUUGGAAACCAGCGAAUUGUUUACCAAGAUGGAAGGUUGCCGUUUUAAUUCCAUUCAGAGAUCGAUUCCAUCAUCUUCCAAUUAUUCUUCGUUACCUGGUACCAAUGCUUCAAAGACAGCUCCUCGAAUUCAGCUUCUUUAUCAUUGAGCAGGCUAAUCAAGACCUCUUCAACCGCGCAAUGCUCAUGAACAUUGGAUACCUCGAAUCUCUCAACUUUACCGACUACGAUUGUUUCGUCAUUCAUGACGUCGACCACGUACCUUUGGACGAUCGUAAUUAUUACGGCUGUUCCGGUAUGCCUAGGCAUUUUGUCUCCGGGGCUGACAGAUGGAACUACAAAUUGCCAUAUGAUAACUUCUUCGGAGCUGUCACGGGUCUAACGAAAGGUAACAUUCGAAGCAUCAAUGGUUUCCCCAAUGUCUACUGGGGAUGGGGCGGUGAGGAUGAUGAAAUAUGGAAGAGGGUUAAAGACGUUGGACUCGAAAUCACUCGCCAUAAAGGACCUAUCGCCCAUUAUGACGUCAUCAGGCAUCAUCACAAAAGCGCACCACUGGCAAAAGACAGAUAUAGUUUACUGAAAAAUUUCAAUAACCGGUACAAAAUGGAUGGGCUAUCCGACAUCAUCUAUCCGACACCUAUUUACGACUUGCACACCCUGUACACUAACAUCAGCGUGGAUAUCCGUCGGAUCAAACCUCACUAUCCGAUGCCAGCGCCCAAGGCUGGGAACCAAGGCGAUCUGGCUAAGAAGAUUUCUGGACUUGCGAUGAAAGCCAAGGUGGCCAGCAGGAAAGCAGGGCCAGGAGUCCGCAGGGUUGUCGUGAAAGCUCCGGCAGAAGCCAAGAAGGAGUCGCAGCCGAAUGCGGAUACAGGCAAAGAGCAAAAUGGCGGUGCAAACGACAAGCCUGAAAAAGACAAGACGGAAGGAAAUGAGAAGGACGAUGGAGAGAAGAUAGAAAAUAAUGGCCGGAGGAGAGAAGAUGAAGGAGGAGAAAGGGGAUGAAACAGGGGUGGUCAAUUAAAGGAGAAGACGGGAGAUGCAGUGGCAAGGGAGGAUGAUGCAAACUAGCCAAAAGUGAAAAUGUUUCCGUGGUUUUAUCUUUACCAUUAUCGCAAGUAAAACGUCAUUGACAUAUACGGACCUGGCCACGGAGGAUUAUCUAUUGUUAUUGGGGGUGCUGUGACAAUGCUCAGCACCCCCAAUAACAAUAGAAUGAUCCUCUGUGGACAGGUCCAUGGUCAUUGAUUGACGUUUUUGUUAUUCACAUAAUACACCUAUGCAGUUUAAUAUGGCGCUUUGCAAUGUUUUCAAAGCGCUGAUGGGUUCCCUUGACAUAUCCAGGCGCGGAUCCAGGGGCCCUUGAGAAGCAAAAUUAAAAUUUGUAAUGUAAAAAUGCCAUUAAAACAGAGGUGUGCCCCCUCUUAUGAAAUUGAAAUAUCCUUAAUUUGUGGUUGAAGACCUUUUUUUUUUGCUUGUCAAAUUUGGUCGGGUACGAAAUAUCCUUUAUUUGUGGUUGAAAACCUUUUUUGGGGGGCUUGUCAAAAUUUUCCUCUGAAAAAUUUGCCCCCUCCCUUUGGAAAAUCCUGGAUCCGCCCCUGACUAUAUAUUACAGGGUGUAUUGUUUUCUUAUAGGCCUACAUGGACAUUUUUUCAGAGGUUGAGGAUAUCUGAAUGUCCCAUAUGUAAGUUGCGCGAUAUUUCGGACUUCGGCCCCCCUUCGGCCCUUAACUAGACCAAUUAUACACUUCCAUAUUGUUACUGUUAUGCUUUUAUACAUGUAUGUAGGGCAGGUAGUGAUCCCAAUUAUCAUAGAACCAUGAUUCCAACAUCUGAUUGAAAGAAUGCAUUGUACACUUACGGUCCGCAACCCGUUAAUAUAUUUCUUAGCCACAAUAUACACAUCUCUGGGAGAAAAUGAAGUGAAAAUAAAGGGGAUAAUGCAAUUAAAUUCGUCAUUUAAAAUAUUCAUGGGGGGUGGCCAUCACUAUACUGAUCCUUCAUUGACUUGAAAUUAUGUGUACUUUUGAAAAUUAAAUGGGAGUUCAUGUACUGAA